CACACCUAUUGUAGCAAAUCAUAGUAUACUUUUGCACAAUCAUAUUCCUAGCAAAAACAAAGUUUGAACCAUUAUCCGUGAUCAAUUGAACAACGUGUUGAGGUCCUACCAUAUCAAUGACUUUAGAGGACAAAUGACUUAAAAAUAGUCUAGUUUUCUUAUCUUCGGAAAUCUCAACCGAUUUUAAAAAAACUGAACCUUUAAUUUAGGGCACGAUGCAAUAAAAUUAAUAAAGCAUCUUCCCUAAUGGAGUCUGACGUCUUCCUCUCUCUAGCCGCGAAUGAACAGCAACGCGAGGGGGGUUCUCACGAUUUCUCCAUCGUUUCAAGCUCAAAUCUUGAGAUUUUUGGAGCCUUGGGUGCGCCUUCAGCUGGCGAAUCCAAUUAUGAGGUUAUUUUGCUGAUUUUGGUUACGGAUUUUGGUAGUUUUGAAGGUCAACGCUAUGCCCAACACUGUUCAUUCGCAAUUUUGAUUCUCUGAUGCAAUUCGAUUCGGGUAUUUUUGUUGACAAUCCUUCUGAGAUUCCGAUUGGUUUGUAAUCCCCUUCCAUGUUAUGAAGGUGGAUUUCAACAUCUUUUGAAUUUUCUUUUGAUCUAAGGCAUUAUGGCAUUCGAAGUUACUGUUCACAGCGCGUCUGUGGAACAUGAUUACCCAGGAUUUUGCUCUUUUUUUUGGCCAACUUUUUGUGGAUUCAUGAAUUUCGUUUGACAUAUUGUUGAUGCACUCAUGAAUUAAUUGCCCAGAAAUUAUGCCUUGCGCUGGGUGCUGUUUUGUGCUGGUAUUUUGUUGAUGCUUUAUCACGAACCAGCAGCCCAUUAGCCAUGAUGAUAAUGGCUUGGAGAUAUUGUAUGAAUUUUGCUUAAUAUCCUUGGAAAACAACUGCUGCAAAUAUGGGCUGGAUUUUGGAAUUUGCUGCUGAUUUUUGCACUUCUUGUUUGUGUGCUUCUGGUUCUGUCUACUGCCCCUGUAAAUGGAGUUCAAACCUGGGUUUUUGCUGCUUUUUACAUACUCCAUUGUUUGGGCUGCUUUUGUAAUUACAUGGUGGUAUUUUGGCACUGUUUUGCUUUUUGGUUACUUCAAAUGCUUGUUUGUAUUUUGGCCUUUAUUGGAAUCUGCUGCUGGUUGCCACUGGGGUUUGAGGGCUGGGUGUUAGUCGGUUUAGUCGUUGUGCCCACGCCUUAGAGGGGGGUGAAUAAGGCGUUUUAAAAUCU